AUGUUCGUGGCAUCGUCGGUGGUUGUUAUGGCCGACACUGACAUUGUCCCAAUGCAGCAACAUGAUCCACGUGUACACCUUGCAUUGGUCAACCAAGUUCGUGCGUCGCGUGGACUUAAUCCACUGGUGCUCAGUUCAUGUCUUCAGAACGCCGCCAUGUUCCACUCCAACUACAUGGCAUCCAUUCACCAGAUGACCUUGUUCGACACCUAUGGCAACACCUACAACCUGGUCUCUGCCUACGGCCAAAUCUCUUCGUCCUACGGCAUCAACGUGGCGUCUGGCUACGUUUCCGACAACCAAGUGGUCUACUUCUACUCACAGAACUACAGCAAUCUCCAGGUGCUGCUGAACCCAUUGGCCAGAGAGCUCGGUGUUGGCGUUGUCUUUGACGGUAUGAACUACUACUGGACCACAUUGAUCACCGAUGUCAUAGUCAUGCUUGACCUGUUGAUCAUUGACAGUCACAACAGUCUUGAAUAUAUAAUCAAUUAUUAUUUAUAA